AUGCCGAGCUUGGCUUCGAUCCUCUACGCCGUGCUUCUGCUGCCCAGAUCGCUCGUGGUCGCCCAAGACGUCGUAUCCGUGUGCGGACAGAUCGCCAACGCCGUCUCUGACGCUUCGGCAGUGUUCUAUAGCCGUAUGUAUACGGAGCUUGUCGCGAUCUCGUCUUGGCCUGACGUACUUUCGGGCGUAGCGGACCCUUCGUAUCUCGCGGAUAUCGCGCACUACUCUACUUCCAGCACCGAAGACGCAGCGUGUUCCGUGGAGCCAGGUACUCCAGAGGAUGUUGGCACGAUCGUGAAAGGCGGAGGCCACGCGAACAACCCAAACUUCUCUUCCAGCACCGGCGUGCAGAUCUCCAUGACGCGUUUCAGCGCCAUCGACUACGACUCGAGCGCCGGGACCGUCGCGGUCGGCGCGGGCAACGUCUGGGACAACGUAUACGCGGCCUUGGACCCGUACGGGGUCAACGUUGUCGGUGGUAGGGUCUCUGGGAUCGGCGUGGCUGGCUUUACGUUGGGAGGAGGCUACUCUUGGUUGACGAACCAGUACGGCCUGGCGCUGGACUCAGUCCGUGCAUUCGAGCUGGUCCUGCCGAACGGCACUGUCACCAAUGUGACGGCAUCGACGAAUCCUGACCUCUUCUGGGGCUUAAAGGUGAGGCGAAGGGGUUAUAACAACUAUGGCGUUGUGACGACUUUCACACUGCAGACAUACCCGCAAACUCUUGUCUGGAUCAUAGGGCGGACAAUUGAUCAUCCUGGCACGUACAUCGACCAAGUGAACGCCGCCACAGCCAACUUCGCCGCAAACGUCACUGAUCCCAAGGCGCAAAUCAUCGCUACGUACGAUUAUGAGGGUGGCGCCUUGUUGGCGGCUGUUAUGCUGUUCUACGACGCGCCGACGCAGCCCGCAGGCAUAUUCGACGAGUUCUUGGCCAUUCCAGCGUUGUCCACGAACAUCUCCACGCAGAUUGAACCGACGACGACCUCCGCGAAUACGAGUACCCUUCAUGGAGAUCACAUUCCUCUCCUCGAGACGAUUGUGGCUCAGCUGGAGGUACGCCCUCCACAGACAUCCCGCCUCAUACUCAUCGCGACGCAGUACUGGGGUCCACCUAGCGAACAGCUCGCCACGCUCCUCAGCUACGACGUCGAGCCCUUCCUGCCCACCAUCCUCACCCACGGCAGCGCGUCCGCAUACCCCUGGACGCGCCCCAACGCUUCCUCCCCUUCAACAUGGACUUCUUCUGGACGGACCCGCAGCCAAGCUUCCGUUACGGGAGCCCCGCUCUACCCGAACUACGUCCUGUACGGGACGAGCGUGGCGAGCAUAUACGGGGAGUCGCUGGGCGAGAUGGUGCAGUUGAAGGAGAAGUACGACCCGCAUAACGUCAUGGGGCUCACGGGAGGGUGGAAGGUCCCAGGUUGA